AUGAAGAGAGCAGAAACGACGGAUUCGGUCAUAUUGGUGACCAGGACAACAAUAGUAGAUGUAUCUGAGCCGGUUACGGUUAAACCGACAAAUACCAUCACGUCAGUCGUUACGUUCACGCCGAUAAUUUCAGUUACGGUAACCUCGACAAAUUCAGAGGACCCUCCAGAGUUUAUAGCUCCAACACAGACGCAGGAGAGCACACCAGCGUCAACAACUUUGGGAAUUUCAGCACCUACGACCUCUCCUAGUAAUCCUUUGAUACCGAGUAGUACAGGAAGUACCCUGAAAACAUCUGCAAGACCUUCCGUCACAUCUGCGACGUCGAACGCAUCCAGUCAAGUCACAUCCAGCGCCUCAACCACAUCGUCAGAAACCAGUACACCUACCGAACAAGCAGCGUCUUCCGGUAGGGGCAAAUCGAAGGGUCCAGUAAUCGGAGGCGCGAUCGGUGCUAUCGCUUUCCUUGUUCUUCUUGGGGUCUUCAUCUGGUGGUACAAAAGAAGACAGGCCAAAGCGAGAAAGCCAAGAAUCGUCGCUGGGUAUAGGGCGGGAGAUGGCGAAAUCUCUAAACCAGCAGAAACUGGUCUUGCGAGAGCCGACUCUACUCCGAGUCGAUCGUGGCAAACCUCCCCCGACGCCGCCACCAACUUCAAUUAA